AUGCCCAUCCGAUGCAUUGUGCAUUUCGCACAGGUACACUCGGAGUUUCGUCUCCCCGAACUGGAAUCAAUUGCCGAGCUCUAUGAUUUCCGAUUUUCUCGACCUGCUCCAGGCUCGCUGCAAGACAGCUCAUCAGAAGAUUGGGAUCCGAUGAGACCUUUUUGGGUGAUGGAUUUCGAAAGAGAAGAACAUGCUAGAUACUUAGCGGAGCGAUGUAUCCUUGUCAAGUCCGUAUAUGAAUUAUACGGCCGUGGCUCAUCAUAUGAGUCGGUAUAUGCGCAAACACGCGAGAACAAGCAUUUAUGGGUGCCCUACGCCGAAAAUACAUCGUUCCGGUUUACCGUAAUGGGGUACAACUACAGUAUUCCGCUCCGGCGUGUCAAGGAAAUUGUAGAAAGCUUCAGAUUCAUGGACUUCCGAGGACCAAUUGAUUUGAAGAAUCCGGAACUUACUCUAUCUGUCUUCGAGGAGUAUGCGGAUCGCGGCACAGCUACUGUCCGCAAUAGACAUGGAGGGGAUGGAGAGUUUUCACAGAUCUAUUUUGGAAGGUUGGUGGCAGAAGGCAAGGCACGAGCUCUAGUGGGAAAAUUCGACGUAAAGAAGCGCGCUUACUUUGGAAACACGUCUAUGGAAGCUGAGAUCUCCUUGCUCAUGGCGAAUCAAACGCUGGCAUCACCUGGAAAAUUCAUUUAUGAUCCUUUUAUUGGAACGGGAAGCAUGGCUUAUACGGUUGCGCACUUUGGAGCGCUUGUGUUUGGUUCGGACAUUGAUGGCCGGCAAAUGCGUGGAAAGUAUGAUGAACCGGGUAUAUUACGUGCUGCGGCGCAAUAUGGCGUUGCUAAUCGAGUCUUGGACCUGUGCACUUUCGAUAUCACGAGGAAUCCAUUACGGUGUGGCGGUCUUUUCGACGCCAUUAUCACUGAUCCACCAUACGGUGUGCGCGCAGGUGCGAAACGUCUAGGUAGGAAACCGACCGACAAGAAAGCCGAUCGUGAGCGCAAGCCCGAAUACGACGAAGCGCAGAGAAAAGGGCUCAUAGAAUACGUUCCUCCGAAGCAUGCAUACGAACUGUCUGAGCUAGUGUCAGAUCUCGUACAGUUCGCUCGAUAUCUGUUACGUCCAAAUGGACGACUCGUAUUUUUCUUGCCCACAGUCACGGAUGAAUAUGCAGAAGUCGAUGUGUACAGCAUGCUCUGCGAAGGAAUGGAGGUUGUUGCUAAUUCAGUGCAGAGCUUCGGUUCCUGGGGAAGAAGAUUGAUAACAAUCAAGAAAACAACGGGUACUUAUUACCCUUCCCCAUUUGAGACAUCAAAGGAAGGAAAAGAUCGUGUUUCUGUUUCCGCGCCAGACCGAACUGGAAAUGGUGGGCAUGUUCCAGCACACAAAGACUUCCGAGAGAAGUACUUCAAAGGGUUUCGGCGAGAUACAGACGAAAAUGAACCUGGGAUGCCACAGGUGGGGCAAUUGACGGAACAAAAUGGCGGCAGAAGCGGCUGA